AUGCAAUCAGACGCCUCCACGUCCUCGCCCCAACGCUCUGCUUCACAAGACCCCCAAUCCUUCCAGUCCAAUGACGUCCCCGGCGCGUAUAUAGCGGAACGGGGAGAGGAUCACGGCCAGGCUGUCGCCUCUACCGCAGGCACAGCGUCCGCUUCUGCACAGAAGCUCGAGUUCUUGAAGCGUUCCCAGGACAAGCCCAUGCAGGUCGGCGAGACGUGGUACAUCGUCCCCCGAAGAUGGUAUUUCCGCUGGAAGAAGACCAUUACGGGCGAGGAAGACAAGGAGGGCCGCGUAGAGGAGAAAGACCUAGGACCAGUGGACAACACGCCUCUCUGCGAUCAGAGAGGGCAGGUCACAUCUGACCUGAUCGAACAUGUCGAUUGCGAGUUCGUACCCGAAGAGGUUUGGAACAAACUCUUAGAGUGGUAUGUGUACGGAGAACCUAGGUAUCCUUUACCCCGCAAAGUCAUCGCACGCGGGCUGAUGCAAGAGCCGGUACUCGAACUCCGACCACCAUCCUUCAAGGUGCAUAUGCUCACACCCACCAGUAUACCUGGCCAGUCCUCGCCGGUGAAAGAAGUCACAGUCUCGUCCACGGACAAAAUCCGCGCCGUGCGCCACGCCUUUGUUGCGGCCGUUAGCCCUCAGAAGGCCGCGUCGGGGCAAUUUCGUGUGUGGAAGACGACCUCGGAUGCGUCCAUGGACCAGCUACUGUUUCCUGUGGAUACCCUGCGCACAUGUGGUGCAUCCCUUCUCGAAGACGACGAGAAAACUGUAGGAGAUGAACUCGUCGACACUAGUGAAGUGUUUGUGGUGGAACUCAUGAACAGGGAGAAGUGGAUCCUCGACGCCUCGGAGGUUGCGCCACCACCAAAUAGUGCUCCUCCACCAUCUGCCUCGCCGCCACCUCCACCACCCACACAACCAGGGCCUCUCUUUGGCUCAGGGACCGAUUUCUUCACUCAACUCCAGAAGAAGGCUUCCCCUGUAACGGACGCGACCACUACGUCAGCAUUCCAGCCCAGUCCUUCUAACACUUUGACCAAGCCCUCCACCUGUCCAAAGGUCCAGCAUGAUCCACUGGGCACUCGUGGUCUCGGCAAUAUGGGUAAUACUUGCUUCAUGAACUCGGCUAUUCAGUGUCUGGCGCACAACACGGAGCUCGUGGACUAUUUCCUUACUGGGGCCUAUCAGGAGGAGCUCAACUACGACAACCCGCUCGGGAUGCACGGCGCGGUCGCGCAAGCCUUCGGUGCGCUCAUGUCGCGGAUCUGGGAUCCUGAGUCUACCAUGUCCUCGUACACGCCACGUGAAUUCAAGCAGACUCUCCAGCGCUUUGCGCCGCAGUUCAGUGGGUACCAGCAGCACGACUCGCAGGAGCUCGUCGCGUUCCUACUCGACGGCCUCCAUGAGGACUUGAACCGUGUGCUGAAGAAGCCCUAUGUGGAGAAGCCUGAUUGGGAGGGUGGCGGAGACAAGGAGCUCGUCGAACUCGCGAACACGUCAUGGGAGGGCUACAUGAAGCAGAACGAUAGUGUCGUCGUGGACUUGUUCCAGGGUCAGUAUCAGAGCACACUAGUAUGCCCCGAGUGUUCGAAGGUGUCCAUUACCUUCGACCCAUUUAUGUACCUCACGCUGCCGUUGCCGGUGCAGAAGAAGUGGCAUCAUACCGUCCUCUACAUUCCCUGGGACUUGGAGAAGCCGCACGUCCGGGUGCCAGUAGAGCUAAAUCGGCACUCGAGCUUCAAGGACGUUCGGACACUUUUGGGACGGUGGAUGGGCGCAGACCCUGACAACCUGCUCACCCUAGAAGUCUUCAGUCAUCAGUUCUACAAGAACCUCGACGACACUGUCGUCUGUGAAGACAUGGCAGACAACGACGUUAUCGUAUGCUUCGAGCUCCCGUGCAAUGCCCAGCAAAGCAGAACGUACAAGCCCGACCCAGACGAACCCUUCAUCAUCCCCGUCUUCCUCUGUGAGAGCCCCCCGUUGCGACCGACGUACAGGUCAGGGCCGACUCUGUUCGGGUACCCUUUCGUCACGGUCAUCGACCAGGAGCAAGCGAAGGACCCCGAGGCGAUCUACGACGCCAUCGUCUCGCGCCUGCAGCGCUGGACUGUCCAAGCAAGCCACCUAUCCAUAUGGGUGGCCGGGUCUGCUGACGACAUGGAACCCGUCCACAUCCCCAUUUUGGGUUCACCGGUUGUGAACUCCGUUAAUGAGAUCAAGGAGAACGGCGAGGUCGUGACCGUCGAGGAAGCCGCCCCGGAGGAGGGUGACAUCGCGGACGAGAAGGCGUCCGUCGUCCACCAGGAAGAUGAGGACGACGACAUGGGCUUGGAGGAUGCAAUCCCAGGAAAGGUUGGCUUCAAGCGCGACCUCUUCACCAUCCGCGUCCAGAAGUGCGAGCAGGCGUACGGCGUCGGCCACAGCUCCUUCGGCAACAACCACGGCCGCUACGAGACGUGGGAGCAGCGCGCGUCGAAGAGCGGGAUCCUGCUGCGCCCGGACGACGCGUUCUACAUCGAGUUCGACGACGGCUUGAAGUCGUUCUACUUCGGGGACGAGCGCAACUCGUGGGAGUACGCGCUCUGGAACCACUGGGAUGAGUUUGUGCACCCGAAGCUCGCGGCGUCGCGCAAGGCCGCGUCGACGCAGAAGCAGAAGGGCAUCACGCUGCAGGACUGCCUCGACGAGUUCACGAAGGAGGAGAAGCUCGGCGCGGACGACCUGUGGUACUGCCCGAGCUGCAAGAAGCACCAGCAGGCGACGAAGCGCUUCGACCUGUGGAAGCUGCCGGACGUGCUCGUCGUGCAUCUGAAGCGCUUCAGCGACAGCCGCAUGCUGCGCGACAAGAUCGACACGUUCAUUGACUUCCCGAUCGAAGGUCUCGACCUCACGGAGAUGGUGGGCGAACGCCUCGUGGGGAGCAGGCUGCGGGAGCAAGGAGCCGACGUCGAAGCUCUGGGCUUGGAGGGCCUGGACGAGCCUCUGCAAUAUGACCUCUUCGGCGUCGACGAGCACUUGGGCGGCUCGGGAGGCGGACACUACCGCGCGUAUGCGCUGAACCAUGUCACAGGAAAGUGGUACCACUUCGACGACUCGUACGUGACCGAGUCAAGACCAGAGGCGGCAGUGAAUGAGAACGCGUAUCUGCUCUUCUACAGACGACGCACUAACCGUCCGCUGGGGGGUAAAAGCCAUGCUAAAAUCGAGGAAGCCCGUGCACUAGCCCUCGCACAGCACAACACCGUCCAAUAA